ACUGCUGUCAAGCGGAUCAAAAUAAACAAACAAAAAUUUGAGGUUAUGUUGCUAAUUUUGUGUGUGGGUUUAAUUUUGUGCGCGAGAAAAGUUUAUUUCUUUGAUUUUCUUAAUGAAAAAGCAAAAUCUCAACAGCUUUGAUGCAAGCAGAAUAAUUUACCUUGUGCGUAAUGAGAUUGUAAAAACACUUGAUGAGAAAUGUAAAGAAAAUACGAAGAAAAUUGGAUUUUCUGGAUUACCAAAACGACAACUUCGUCAGUUGGAAAUAAUUUACGGGAGUUCCGCCCUUAGCAAAGCAUUGACAAUUUUGAGGGAAAAGCGAAUUAAGCCCUGCCUUGAGUGUCCAUCGAAAAAUAAUUGUCAGCAAUUUAAAAUUUACGGCAGUGGGACUAAAAUUUAUCACGUAGAAGAAAAUUCCCUCACGUGCCAGUGCCAAGCAUUCAAAGAACAUUUCAUUGCUAAAUCUGAGAGAUUUCAGUGUAAACACCUUCUGGCUCUUUCCCUUCUAACGGUAUUUAAUUAUACUGAAUAAAAAACUUUUUUCAAAAAAUGAGGAAUUUACGGGAAGAGGACAUGCUCUUCGGGGCUACAUUGCACAAUGUGAAAUUCUUGAGACAUAUUUUAAAAUCCCUGACAAUUGUGGAGGAUGUAAUUCUUGAAAUUGAAAAGGGGGGAAUGCGCUUGACUGUGGAGGAUGGUCUCUGCAUUCAAGCAUCUCUAUUUAUACCACAAGAAAUCUUUGCUGAGUACUACCUCAAACCACAGCUGGAUCAAGUGGACACAACAAUCUCCUUUGCCCUCAAUCUGUCCAGCCUCACAAAUUGCCUCCGUAUGACAUCGGAUGAAGAUUGCAAAUUAAUUAUCAUCUACAGUGGUGCUGCAUACCCCCUUGUACUUGCCUUCAAUCGGGCCACAGACAGCAAUAUUGCCAUUGAGGCGGAAUUGAAGACAAAAUCCUUCUCGGGCGCACUGAACUUCCACAAGCACACAAUGCCCAAUGAAUGCAACACCAUCAUCAUGAAGGGGAUAAACUUUGCAAUGCUCUUCAAUGAGAUUGAUGUGUCAUCGGAGGAAAUUGCCAUUCUCCUCAGCCCACGUGAGCCGUACUUCCUCCUCCGUGCCACGGGGCGUGUUCAUGCCGAAGCAACGGUUCAAGUUGCAAAAACCAGCAAUACCAUCGUUCAGUUCAACUGCACGCAGGACCUACAAAUGCGCUAUAGGAGCUCACACAUUCGUUUCGCAUCAAAGUGCCUGGCAUUCGCCCAUACAGUGGCUCUCACCAUUUACAAUACAGGACUCCUGAACAUCGAGUUGUUGGUGAAUAAUUGCAAUCCUGAUGCAACAGCAGCACGUCGUGCUGGCAGUACAACUACACACUCCAACAUUCUCGAAGAACCAACGGCUAAUCUCAAGUAUUUCAUUACACCACUUUUGAUUGAAUAAAAAAAAAUUCAUUAUAAAA